CAAUCGGCCCUCGGUUAUUUAUGAGCAGCGCUUUCUCUCUCUCCGGGCUCAGUCUGUUGUGAAAGCUUCUCAGAGACGCACACCGUAAGCAGUGCACUCUCUCAGAGGAAACGUAGUAUACUCAGGAUACGAAUUUAUACUUUCCAGUUCUAGAAAGUUCUAUUAGGAUUACAUUACGUUUAAAAGAAAUAUAAACGAUAUAGGCCUACGGCGUCCACAACUUGUUUCCGUGAUGACAAUGUAAAUAGAUCUGUGCUUAACUAAUAAUCCAAACCACCAAGUUCAACACAGCCCUUCACAUAUCUAUUCUCUGAUUGACUGAGAUGAGAACUGCUGAGGAGUCUUCUGGCACGGUCCUGCACCGUCUUAUCCAGGAGCAGCUCCGUUACGGGAACCCCACAGACACACGUACCCUCCUGGCCAUCCAGCAGCAGGCCCUGCGUGGAGGCAGCAACAGCAGCGGAGGAGGCGGUACCGGAUCACCCCGAUCAUCUCUGGAGAGCCUGACCCAGGAAGAGUCCCAGUUCAUCCACAUGUCCACCAGACAGGACCCCCAGGGACAGGAGUACAAGGGAGACUACAACCACUGUGAGAGUGACUCUGUGUGUCACCUCUACCAGCUCCACAGACACGGAGAGGAGCUGCCCACCUAUGAGGAGGCCAAGGCCCACUCUCAAUAUCUGGCCUCGGUAGGGGCCCAGCGUGGUCAGGGUCUUGAGGUGAUGGAGCACCAGGGAGGGGGCCAGUGGGACCUGAAACGGGAGCACGCCCGCUCCCUCAGUGAACGGCUCAUGCAGCUCUCCCUGGAUAGGAAUGGUGGAAGAUGUGUAUCCAGAGACAAUCUGCCCCUCAGCUCCACACAGAGUUACCCACAGCUUUCCAAUGGCCACUGUGGGCCUGUUGACCACCAGGGACCAGAGUCUCUCCAGUACCCCGAUCAGAGGGGACCUCCCCCGGACUACUACCCCUUCCUGGUCAGGCCUCCUGGAUACAUGCUCAGCCACUCACAGGAGACACACGGACAAUACCACCAGGAACCUCCUCCCCCAUUCCACCCCCAGCACAGGUAUGAACCUGCCCAUGCCCAGAUGAUUCGUCACAGUGUCCAUUCUGGUCCAGAGGUCUACAUGAGCCACAGCAACCCCAGUACCCACAACAACAGUGCCCAGAUGGACCUGUUGAGGGAAAAUGAGAGACUGAGGAAAGAGCUGGAGGGGUACAGCGAGAAGGCUGCCAGACUUCAGAAGCUGGAAGUAGAGAUCCAGAAGAUAUCUGAGGCCUACGAGACCCUGAUGAAGGGCUCAGCCAAGAGAGAGACCCUGGAGAAAACCAUGAGGAACAAACUGGAGUCAGAGAUCAAGAGACUACACGACUUCAACAGAGACCUCAGAGAUCGUCUGGACACUGCUACAAAACAGCGAGUAACCAAAGAUGUUGAAUCUGCCAACCAGAAGCAGCAAGCCUUCGCCAAGCUCCUCGAACAAAAUGAGGAGCAGCAGCGGGAGGUGCAGCGUCUGCGUGGCUCCGGGGAGGGAGUGGCUUCGGCGCCGGGAGGUUAUGGAUGGCCCUGGGGUCGCAGAGACCCGAACUUGGCCCUGGAGGAGGAGCUUAUGGGAAGAGGGCGAAAGAGCCUCUCUGAUGACCAGACGGCUGCUGCAGUGUCUCCUCUGUCCCGGCCCCCCCACCAACACCCCCGCGCCCCCCUGGCCCUGCCUCUCCCCUACUCCGAGCCCCAGAGAAGGGACUGCAGCAGCCAGUGUGAUAGUGAUGUCCCAGCCCAGAAGGCUGACCUCACAGUGGAUCUUCCCAGCAGUUCAGACACUGCAACAGCCGUGGUAGAAAUCCUUAUUUAA